AUGUUGAAUAAAAAUUCAAAGAAUAGAAUUACAGCUAUUCAAGCAUUAUAACAUCCUUUUAUAGAUUCAAAUAGUGAGUUUAGUACAUAAGUAAUAUAAGUUACUGGUUAAUAAGUCAUAAAAAAUGCUAUUUAUUAAUUAAAUUUAGCUGAACUUGAAUCUAAAUAUGAUAGUUAAAAUGAGAUAGUGGAUGAAUAAAAUUGUAAAAUUAAUGAUCUAAAGAAAUAUUCUAUUUUAAAUGAAAGUUAUUAAUAGAUGUCUAUGUCUGCUAAAAGAAGUAGUGGAUAGUUCUCAGGUACAUUCUAUUAGAAAGAUCCAUUAUCAGCUGUACGUACAAUAAAAUUACACACAGAAACAUCAUAGUAACUUAAAAAUAGUAGUCAUCACUCAUAACAUUCAGCUUCUUAAUUUUGA